AUGGAUUCAACAUCACCGCGCCAACAGCAUCGUCAGGAGCCGUUUUCACAACAACAGUCAGAUCAAUAUUAUCAGCUUGCCAACGAGACAAGCUCCGAGUAUUAUUGCCCGCAAACAAAUCAAGAAAAGAGCAAUUAUGGUCUCACAAGAGACGAAGGGAGCUCACUUUUGUCAACGACAACCGCCGCUCUUCGAAAUUGUUGUUCCAAUUCAAAUUCCAACAGUACAAUCGAUUUAAUAGAAGGCGACACUUAUCAACUAUUUCGAGCCUUAACAAAUCAAUUAAAGAAAGAAAGGCAACUGGAAACAAUGUGUCAAGCAAUCGAAGGCGGAUUAUCGACGGAAGUGUCAAACAAAGUUCACACCCAUCAAUAUCAACCAACCGAUUGUGUCCUCGUUCCACGUCAAUUAAUUCACGACGAAGAACCGCAAGUCAUCGCUUGUCGUCUAUGGCGAUGGAGCGAUCUCUGCGAUCCCAACGAGAUCAAACGCAUACCGAAAUGUCCGAACGAGAAGGAUCCCAUUUACGUCUGUUGCAAUCCCGCACAUUGGAGUCGAUUAUGUGUACCAGAGAUUAUUUAUUUUAAAUCUAUUUUAACUGUGUAUAUGAUGGCGCCUCGCUUAAGACCAACACGACUAAAGACGAGUGUAGUGAAGAAGAAAGAAAAGAAGUCGACUGAUUUUUUGGUUCAUAGAAGGCAUUUAUUGUUGCUUGGAGGGGAAUUUCUAUUUAGUGGGAGAUAUAGCAGAGCAUAA